UUUUUUUUUCGUUUUUGUUUACGUCUCCAACAGAACAAAAGAAUACCAAAUCACUUUUUUUCUCAAAAUUUCUCGUUCCCCUUUCACAAUCCAACGCACUCUUAUUCUUGUUCUCCUCCUCUCUCUCUCUUUUACCCAGCUCCUCAAACAGGGAUGUGGGCUGAUUAGAUGAGAAGAUAUGAGGAGAGUGUUUAAAGCGGAAGAAAUGUUUACAAGGGAGAUAAAAUCAAAGGACGUGAAAGCCACUGAGAAAAACAGGAUUCGAUACUCUUCCAAGCACAUCAAACAUCUUCCCUCCGGAACCAUUACUGAGUUUCAAUGGAAAGAUUACUGCCCCUUGGGUUUCAGACUAAUACAAGAACUUGAGGAUAUUAACCAUGACGAAUACAUGACCUCUAUCUGCAAUGAUGAGACUUUACGCAAGCUUUCUACUGGCAAAGUUGGUAACAUGUUUCUUCUCUCUAAAGAUGACCGUUUCCUCAUCAAGAUUCUCCGCAAAUCCGAAAUCAAGGUUAUACUAGAGAUGUUGCCUGGUUACUUCCGUCAUAUUCAUAAAUACAGGUCCACCUUGUUGUCCAAGAAUUAUGGAGCUCACUCUGUCAAGCCUGUUGGAGGUGACAAGACAUAUUUUGUCGUCAUGUCAAACAUACUGCAGUCGGAUGUUUUCAUGAACGAGGUCUAUGAUCUUAAGGGUUCAUCACAAGGUCGGACUAACAAGAAGAUAAAAGUGAGAGAUAAAACCAUCUUGAAGGAUAUUGACCUUGAUUUUUGUUUCUACGUGGAUUCUUUGGCCAGACACCGCCUCAUUAAGCAAACAAAGCUAGAUUGUGAACUAUUGGAAGAUGAAGGCAUAAUGGAUUAUAGCUUAAUGCUUGAUUUACAAGUAAAAGGCUCGUGUCAAGGUUUAAUUGAUGGAUUAAGCCCGGUAUACGACAGUUUCUCAUCACGAGGCUCUGUUGACAGCAAUAGCUCUAAGUUUAUGAAGACAGCUUCAAACUCUCCAGAUAGAUCGUCUACAAUGUAUUCAUGCACUCCGAGCAGAGAUUCAGUUGAUAGUGAGAACUCAGUAACUAUACAAUCAGUAGCAAGUAUAAUCCCGAGUCAUGCUCCAACCAACACUUCUGAAUCUCCAAAAGGAAGCAUUGUUUCCAAAACAAGUUUGACCAACAUUUUCCAUAACAGCUCAAGCACUAACUUCGGGAUGAAGAUACCGGGGCGAGCAAGAAGGGUUGAGAGAGGAGAAUCAGGCAGUGUGGUGCGGAAGAACAGUAAAGGAGGAGAGGAAUGGUACGAUGUGAUAUUGUAUCUCGGGAUUAUAGACAUUUUCCAAGACUAUGGUGUGAGAAAACGCAUUGAACAUUGUUACAAGUCUAUUCAACACAGCUCUAAGACAAUCUCAGCUGUGCAUCCCAAGAUCUACUCUUCUCGUUUCCAAGACUUUGUCUCGCAGAUCUUCUUAGCAGACGAAGAUCCUUCACAUCGAUACUAACUUCCAUGUCUUAACAUGUCUACUUAUAUUCACUAUUUGUAUAGCUUAGCCAAAGUUUGUUUGUUUGUGAAGCAAAAGCAACCUCCAAUUUUCUUUUUCUUUUUAUAACUUUGGCCUAGGU